CAAUUUAGCAAACUACUUCUUUCUCCUUUAAAAAGCCUCAUACUUUCCCUUUCAUCAAUCCUACGCCACCCGACCCACCAACCCACCCACCAUAGCCCACCACCAGUUCACGGCGGUGUGGUGGUGGCCCAAACGGCGGCCCAAUAAACGGCGGCCCAAAUACUUUCCAAAAUGGGUCAGGGAAUGAGCUGUGCUUCUCCAAAUAACCAUGAAAAUGGGCUUUUUAAAGCAGCCCAAUUGGGUGAUUUAGAUGCUCUGAAAUUAGAGUUAGAAAAUAACCCUUCUAUGUUAUUUGAUUUUUCUCUAUAUGAUCGUAACUCUUUGCUUCAUGUUGCUGCUUCUAAUGGCCAGAUCGAUGUUGUUUCUUGGCUUUUGGAAAGAUCGGUAAAUCUUGAUGUGUUAAAUCGACAUAAGCAGACACCUCUUAUGUUGGCUGCAAUGCACGGGAAAAUUUCGUGUGUGGAGAUGCUCCUUCAUGCAGGAGCUAAUAUUUUAAUGUUUGAUUCUUUGAGAGGAAGAACUUGUCUACAUUAUGCUGCCUAUUAUGGGCAUUCAGAUUGUCUAAAAGCCAUACUUUCGACAGCUCGUACAUCACAUGUUGCUUUGUCUUGGGGAUUUGCUCGAUUUGUGAAUAUUAGAGAUGGAAAAGGCGCAACGCCAUUACACUUAGCAGCUCGUCAAAGACGGCCUGAAUGUGUUCAUGUUUUGCUUGAUAAUGGGGCAUUAGUAUGUGCUUCAACUGGUGGAUAUGGCUAUCCAGGGAGCACUCCCCUACAUUUGGCUGCACGCGGAGGAUCUCUUGAUUGUAUCCGUGAACUGCUGGCAUGGGGUGCAGACCGGCAGCAAAGAGAUGAAUCUGGGAGAAUACCAUACAUGGUCGCUAUGAAGCAUAAGCAUGGGACAUGUGCCGCCUUGUUAAAUCCGACAUCAGCAGAGCCUCUUGUCUGGCCUUCACCAUUAAAGUUCAUCAGCGAGCUUAAUCCCGAGGCCAAACUUCUACUUGAAGGUGCUCUAAUGGAGGCCAAUAGGGAGAGGGAGAAGACUAUCUUGAAAGGAAUUGAUUAUUCAAUCACUUCUCCAUCACAUUCAGAUGGUGGAGAAAUCGAUGACAGUUUGUCAGAGGCAAGUGAUACUGAACUAUGCUGCAUUUGCUUUGAUCAAGUCUGUACCAUUGAAGUCCAAGACUGUGGGCAUCGGAUGUGUGCUCAUUGCACCCUAGCUCUUUGCUGCCAUAACAAGCCAAACCCAACAACCGCUAGUGUGAAUCCACCCGUAUGCCCAUUUUGUAGGAGCAACAUUGCCCGUUUAAUAGUUGCUAAGUUAAGCACAGAAAUUGAUGAUAUUGAUCUGAGCUCCUCAAAAAGAAAAUCAAGGAGAUCUUGGACCUUAAGUGAGGGCAGUAGCAGUUUCAAGGGACUCACUGCAUUUGGAAAGAUGGGAGCACGAGGUUCAGGGAGAAUAAAUGCAGAUGAGUUGAUUGAUAAGCCAAAUGAGUAAAGAAUUUCAGGACUUUGAAGGUCCGAGCUUUUGAACAGGCGCUAAAAAGGUCAGUCGUGGUCGGUCCUAGGAUGCGUUUGGGGUAAACUCAUAAUUAUAUAUAUAUUUAUACAUAGAAACUGCAACUGUGAAUGCAAAAAAUGUAGAUUUGGGAAAAUGAGGGCAGAGGAGGAAUGAGGAGGAACUUUGCAAUCGUGAACUUUGGUUCGGUAAGUAUGUUCUAUGCGGAGUCAUAGUUUGUUGUAAUCUUUCAUUGCUUAAGAUUGAAGUGAGUGCAAAUGCAAGCUACAAUUCUUUUUUGGGGAGUCAGCAGAAACUGUUACUAGUCACUUAGAUAGCAAGAGAAUUCUUUGUUUACCUUGAGAGGAAAAUUUCAUUCAUCAAUGGCUGCUAGUUAGAUAUUAUCAUUAGGUAGACCCUUUGUAAGAGUCAAAAGGAUGUGGGAAGUUUCACCCACCUACUCUGUCAUCCCUCUCCUCUUCUUCUUUCUUCUUUCUUCUUUCUUCUUCUCUCUCCUCGCCCUCGUCCUCGCCAUUGAUGCAUGGGAAGAGAGAGCAUUGGCAAGUCAUGUACUAUUUUGUUAUUUUUCAAUGGUGUAAAAGUAACAAUAUAAUGUAUAUCAAGGCUUUGAACUGCUGGUUUGCAAUAAAAUAAGUUCUUACUAAUUAAGUAAGAUUUUAUUA